AUGACCACAGCUGGUACAAUUCGUGCACCGGCAAUUAUCUCGCGUUCCUGGGGCCUUACAACCUCUCAUAUGCAUCACCAUCUCCAGCGAAACAUCCGACAGAGCCUUGAGCCCUGCAAAACACAUACACGGGCCCUGCACCACUCACCGCGUGCAGCUGCAGCCGCUGGCGGCUCAGCUAUACCUCACAUCUCGCUACAUAUAUCUGCAUCGUCCAGCGGAAAGGGACGUAAAUAUCGCCCGGAGACGAGCACAUUCGACUUCCAUCCCAGUAACACCAGUGGAUUGGGCUUCCAACACGGUUCGACGAUAGAUGAGAAAAGAUCUAAAAGACCAGACAGUGGACAAGAUGCAUACUUUGCCUCCCGAGUUGGAAAGGACUCAGACGUGACUGCAUUUGCUAUUGCAGAUGGCGUUGGAGGCUGGACCGAGCACGGGGUUGACCCUGCCGACUUUUCCCACGGCCUCUGCGGCUACAUGGCGGAAACGGCGCUUAGCUGGCCAACUGAUGAACGACUCAAUCCCCAACAGCUACUGGAGGCUGGCUACCAGAAGACAAUAACAGACCCCUCCAUUCGAGCGGGCGGCACCACUGCCUGCGUGGCAGUGACCGAAAGGGAUGGACGAAUGCGUAUCGCAAAUUUAGGCGACUCGGGAUUCUUACUACUACGACUCGGCACAGUCUAUCACUAUUCCAAUCCACAAACCCACGCCUUCAACACGCCCUAUCAAAUGAGCCUCACGCCUCCCGAGAUCUUAGCACAAGCCAUGGUAUUUGGGGGCGUCCCUCUCAACGACAAAUCCGACCGAGCGGAUCUAGCAGACCACAUGCUCCGACACGGCGACGUGUUGGUGCUCGCAACGGACGGAGUAUGGGACAACCUCAACUCGUCCGACGUGUUGACAAUAGUUUCCAACCAGAUGCGCUCCACGGGUGCUUGGCUUCGGACCCCUGACCAAGGCUAUACUGUUUCCCCGGCGCUACCGGAAUUAGUGGACAAGUCACUGGGACCGCAGAAGCACAAAAUGCCCGGCACUCUGCAGAGUGUCAUCGCCGCGGCGAUCACAGGCGAGGCAAAAGUGGCUAGCUUGAGUCGCAAAAGAGACGGACCGUUUGCAAAGGAAAUGCAAAAACAAUUUCCCUAUGAUCCUUGGCAUGGCGGGAAAGUAGACGACAUUGCGGUAUUGGUUAUCAUUCCUGUCGACGAGAGUAAGGCCGCUGGAGGAUCAGCAAGACUCAAGGCCAAGCUGUAA